AGAGGCCCAACGGGCCGUAGUUUGGAGACCCCUGGUCUAGUGUCCACCAGGUGAUCACUAAACUUGAUAGCGGUAUUAGCACACCAUUUUCCGUCUUUAGUGUCUGAAGAUCAAUUGGAUGAACUUGAUGAUCAGUGGAGGCAAUUGUUAUAUGCCACAGACUCUCUUAAAGGCUUGGCUAACUCCCCAACUCAGUUUUGGGAUGAGAUUAGAGUUAUUAAUGAUGGUAACGGAAAUAAAAAGUUUGAACUUCUGGGAAAUUUUAUGUGCAACCUUCUCGUUUUACCUCACUCAUCAGCCUGUGUCGAGAGAAUUUUUUUCCAUGUUAACAUGAUAAAGACUCCUCAAACCAACCGCCGGCAUUGCUCAACUUUGAGAAACAGACUAAUUGCAAAACAAGCUAUUGCUCGAUAAGGUGCACAUUGCUACACAUGGGAGCCGUCAACUAAACUUGUAAAAGACGUACAAUUUGGUCAUUGUCGGAGAGAGUAUUUUAAUAAACAUGGUCAGCGUCAGAAACAGGAAGAAAAUGCAACUGAUGUUUAUGAUAUUAUGAGCGAAGAGAUUGUUGAAAUAGGGUCUGGUUAGCAUGUUUGACAAUUUUAUGUACUGUUAUGUUUCACGAACUUUCCUUGAUCAUUAAAUGCACAACGGUAGCUAUGCAGUUGAUUGCUAACAUUGUCUCGGAUUUGACAACGAAGCGAAAAAAGCCGUGUUCUAAGUUGUCAUGGAUUGGACAGGGUAAGGAUACUAUUCUUCUUCUGGACAAACAACACAUCAAUGAAUUGACAAUUUCAUCUGGAAAGUUGAGAAAGAAAAUUCCGAACAUUUAUGGAUUGAUAAAUGAUGCUUGUGCAUUAAAUGUGUCUCAAAAUGGUGAAUAUGUUUGUGGGGCAUUGUGUGAUGGCAAGAUAUUUCUAUGGAAUAAAGAAAAAGAAAAAGUUCACUUUAUUACAGGUCUACCAAAAGUAUUCAACAACAAUGAUAAAGGUAACGAUAAAAACCAAAUUUACUUCUCUUCCUGUGGCAUGUUGUUGCUUUUAAUGAUGGGAUUUAAAAAGCUGUUUUUAUGGCAAAGACAUCAAACGUCUGUUACAGAGGAUUCUCAUUACCUAAAAGGAACAUGGAUACAGGUGCAUGCUGGGAAUUAUCUUCUUCCUGAUCAAUCAAACACAGAAGCAACGUUUGAUGUAAUAUUUUAUUCACAUGAGAUUAUCGGUAGCUGUGGUCUUUUAUCGUACGUCUUUAACAAAGGAACAGAACUUGUUGUCACGACGCUUCAUAUAAAGUCUCAAGACCAAAACGAUAAAACCAUUGUAGAUGAUGUCAUUAUUAAUACAGAUGGGGAGAAGAUGUCACGUGAAGUCCUAGAAAAUGUGAAAGUCGAUAUUUUAUGGCAAUCGUUUAGUCGACCAUUGUACACUAUAACUCCUGCUACCCGACUUAUUAAAGGACGUUGUAUUUACGUGUGUCGAUAUUCACCUGACGGUCAAAUCUUGGCUGUUAUUUUAAAUCAAAAACUUGCUAAAGACACAAGACUGUUGCUCUGUUCAAGUUUUCAUUCAACAUCCUGUAUUAUAAACAUGAAAUUUUGUGGUGGUUGUAAUACGUCAACAGGAAGGUAUUGGUGGGUAAGUGAUCUUGCCUGGAGCAAUGAUUGCCUUUAUUUGAUUGGAAUUACUCGAAAUGGUGGAGUUUUUAUAACAACAAAAUAUGGCGAACCUCUUCAACUAAUGUUCAUUAGAAAUGGUGUUGAACUGGGACCGAGUCAUUUUAUUUCAUUACAUCCUCGUGUUAAUUUAAGAACUUUUGUAGAAAAUAACCCUUCUGAAAAUUCCGAUGUUUCCUCUGGCUCAGAAAGAAAUUUCUAUCAUCAAAAGUUUUCAGUUGCUGUUCACAAUUCAUGUUUUCUCAUGUUGUGUUCUGAUGGUUAUAACAUAACUGUAAUCGAUCUAUCGAACGUACCAAAAUGUGCUCAAAUAAUCAAAUACUUUUCUCAAGAUAUAUUACACCUUCUCAGUGGUCACUUCAAUGACCUGCAAUCUGAAAGUCGUCGUUAUCCAGAUAUUGAUAAAGACCGUGAUGCACUGACUUUGACAUUUUAUAAUGUCGUUCAGGAUGAGCUAGACAUGAGUGAAUCAGACCGUAUAACCAACAUAAUAAGAGCAAAGUUUGUUUUAUUACAGACGUUAGGAAUUGCCACGUCACACUCCCACAAAUGGUCACGUGAUAUGUUUCCUGAAAUAAGUCUCAUUGUUUAUUGUCUAGAGCAGUUCAUCAUAUAUAUACUGCAGAAUGAAAAGAAUGUUGAUGCACAUUCUGAAGAUAUUGUGAAGUUUUUUAUUUCAUGUUGUGAAACAUUUCGAUGGGAUAUCGUUUACCAAAAUUGUCAACGUUUGCUCGUUCAAAUCAUUCAUCUUUUCAUUCAAUGUUGCCUCAGCUUUGGCAAACUACCAUUCCAAAAAACGACCCAUUUAUGUAUGAAACUAUUGCGUAUUGGUGAAACAUAUCUGAAGGAUGUGUAUACUUGGUCAGCUGUGACUAAUCGAGCAACAUUUCAUUUAAACGGAGAUUGCUAUGAAACUGCCCUUGGUGUCAAUAGUGAAAAAUCAGACAUGCCUUUUUCUGGUGUAAUUACGGAGUGUACCUUGAACCAGUCAUGGCUGAGACUAUAUCAAGUUGUUCUUGAAAAGUUUCAGUCCAUUGGAAGGGAAAUAUCACAGGAGAAUCUUUUUAAUAUAAUAUGUUUCAUUCAGAAAAAGUUGCAGACAUUCGAUUUACAUCGAAAUCUCACAGCAAAAUCUCAGAGGAAAAUAAAUGAAGGCCACACCAUGUGUUCGAAGAGUGAAUAUGUGGAAACUAAAGUUGUGUUACGGCAAUGUUUUGGUGAAAAUUGCAAAGAUUUUGUUUACAACAAUUCAACGUCGUUUACUGAUACCAAUACUUUGCUCUCUGUAUUAUAUAUGUACUUUGAGAAUUACGAUCUUAAAGGAGCUAUGACAUUUGUUCUUUCCUUUAUCGAUACAUCAUCUCAUGACAUCAACCUGGAGCAUUUACUUCUGACGGGAGAUUCCUUGAUACAGAAAGAAGAAAUGAAAAUAACGGAAAAAUCUUCCUUAAAGAUACUACAAUUGUCCAUGUCAGUGAAAUAUCCAAUCAUUUGGCUUACUAAUAUACACGCCAGGCCUUUGGUGCAACAGUUAGCAAUUUUCAUGUCAUAUUAUUUUACGAAUCACCCGAUAAAUCUUCCCUCACAUUUUAAGUCAAGCGCUUCAUUACAGCAUGAUUGGAAAAGUGGAAAUUACGUGCAACCACUUUGUCAAAAGCGACUCACAGAAGUGAUCAGUAGGCAGAAACUUGAGAAGCUGUGGACUGCUGAUCAUACUAUGGAAUUGCUAGUUAUUUCAGGUCUCAUUGGUGAGGCUUCGUGGUUUGCAAAUUGUCUCGGGGAUUGGAAAAUAGCGUUACUAUUGGCUGUUGUUCAUCAGUACAAUACAAAGAACGAAUUGACUUUGGAGAAAACACCGUAUGAUUAUGUACUUGUGCCUCAAGCCGAAGAUUUAAUGAAAGAGAGGAUCAAUGCAAUCCUAAAAAUGUCUGAAAACACUUCGGGAUUUGAUGAUGGAGGAGCGCGUGAAAUUUAUCAUCAUAAAGAUAUAAACAAUCUACAAAAUGUUCUGGAAGCAAGUAUUAUAGCACAAUUGGAUCUUGUCCCCCAAAUCAUUCAUCAUUUAGUAGUGAUGUUACGUCAUAAUGUUGCCAAAUUUCAUUGGAUGGUCCCUUCAGCUGUAUAUUUACCGAUGCCACCUUUAUUUUGCCCACAACCUCAAAGGAAUCUUCGGGAUAUUUAUGACGAUGAAACUCGUGAAGAAAUCAAUCUAAGAACUGAAGUCGCUGUUAUUAUUCAAAAGAUUCUCGCUGUAUUAAAGGCUUCAUCAUCGUACUUGUAUUGUGCUCAGGAAUAUUGUAAGCUUGUUAUACGUAUGUACAAUGAGUGUCAAUCAACGUGUGACGUCAUUGAUGAUGAAAGAAUUCCUGAGGUAAUUCAAGAAUUCAUAACAAGUGAAGGAGUUGACAUGGCUGCUGCAAAUCCUCUAGUUAUGGCGAGUUUUGAGGAAUUCUGUGGAUUGAUGUGGUUGCUUCAUGUCAGAGACGCACUUGCAUUAUCUUCAAAGAAAUACAAACAUUUCAUUCAACAUGUUUCUUUGAAUCCUAAUGAAGAGGAAAGACAACAAAUAGUUUCACAUUGUGAACAAGUUUUACAAUGGUUGGAAAGAUUCUGCAUAUUUUCUCGUUUUCUCGAUGCUAAUGACGACAUUGUUAAUGGAAUUCUAACGAUUCUUUCUCAGCUUCCUAUAAACAUUAAAAAUGUGGAUAUUUUAGCCAAGUAUUUUCACACAUCAUUAAUAUCAAACGUCUCUGCUGAUGAAAAACUUAAAAGAUUGACUAGAAAAAUACGAAAUAUGGCUGACAGUAGUCUUGCUGCUAGAUUUCAAGUGCAGUGCGAGAAGCAAAGGAAAAACAAGGAGAAAAAUUACUCUCAACAAAAAGACUACACAAUCAUGGAUAAUGUUCGCAAGUUUUUAAUGAAUGGUGACCAUUGGGAUUCCUACCUUCAUUUCCUUGAUACAUUCUACAUGAUCACAUUAGCAAAGGAUGUCAAUUCUAAAGAUUACAAAGCUUUACCAUUAAUUUUUCCUUAUAGAAGUAUAGCAAAUUUAGAGUUGGAUUCAGUCGUGGCAGAACCUUCGUCAAGAGAUUUUGCAGCUCAACGUAGUCAAAGCUUUAGAGACAUAACGAAAAGCAAUGAAUCAUCGUUAAGUGAGCAUCCUACACCCUUUCAUCGCAGCCAUAGUUUAAGUAACAUAUCGAACAUGAAAACGUGGAAUUUUACUGAGAAACUUCACAAGUUUCUUCCAACAUUGUUGUGGCUAAAACGCUGGUGUACGAAUGAUGAACAAACUACUGCCAGUAAUGCUAGAAAGGGGAGUUUCUUAAAUAUUCCUGCAUCGCUUAGUGCAAUAAGAGUUCAAUUACCUUUAAAAUUAGUUGUGAAUUCGUUAUGGCAAUUUGAUCACAACAAAUAUAGCUCGACAAAACAUCAACAUUAUUGUUCAUUAUCAAACAAGAGAAAAGUGUCUAAGAAAAGAAAUAAACGCACAAGACACAAUCUUAACGAACAUCUGCAACAGUUGGAGCACGAAAGUUUUAUUAAAGAUGAAGUUGCUGACUCUCGAGCUACCUCACUAAAAUGUGUUGUGAAGGAAGAUAGAAAUGUUAGCAAUAAAAGUAACUUAUCGAAUAUCGUAAAUAGAAGUGAGCUUCAAGGUGUUUGUUCGAAUUUUGUUCAAUCUCUUGGUUUUGUUGAUGAGCAGAACAAUCGUGGAGAUUUUGGUUGCGAUCCUUCGAAUGAGAAUGAGUAUGACAACAAAGCUGUUACGAAAAACUUUACGGCUGACUGUAAAGAAGAGUCUGCUGAAGAUAAAGAUGUACAAGAUCACAUAAAGUUGAAUUUUGAGAACAUUGAUUGUAACAAAAAACUUGCUGAGAGGAGUCAAGAUCACCAUAAGUUAAAUGCUCAAAACUUGGAUAGUGACAAGCAACCCGAUGAAUGUGAUCAAACAAUGGUACAGGAUUGUGUUAAGGUCGCUGUUGAAAACGUGUUCAUUAAUCUCGAACAAAAAACGAAAAAAGAGACCGAUGGUUUGCAGACAAAUGACUUUGGUGAAAUGAUGGACAAAGGAGAAUUCCUUGCUAUGAGUAAUAAUUUUGCUCAUAAAAUUUCAAAACCUUGCUUGUCAUGCCAUUUAGAAGAUGUAGUUGUGGUGAAACUUCACGAGAUCCAUGAAUAUGUGGCAAGUGACCGCUCAGUAGGAAAAAGAUCGACUCGCUUUGAUGCUGUUGAAAAUAAUUUGAUGACGACUCUUCAGGCAGGUUCAUCUGGUUCAGACUCAUUAAGUUCCAGCUCAUCACAAUCACGAGUAGUUAAAGACGAGUCUUGGCUUCGAAAAAUUAUACGAUCAGAAGUGAAAAAGCUGAAAAAGAUUCAAAAUGAUGGUCCGAUUUCAGGUCCUAUUACUGCUGAGAAUUCAAAUAUUAUCAAGGAGAAUUAUGAUGAUGUUGCUGUUGAGGAAAAUCAUCUUAAAAGAAAAGUUCGAAAAAGCACAAGGAAAAAAUUGAAUAAAAAGUCAAGUAAAUUCCGUAAUUUUGUCUUAACAGAUAUUAAAAGCUCAGACGAUGAUACAAGUCCAUUAUCAAAGAAUAUUACUGAACAGCCAGCAACAUCAUCAGGAAAAUUCAUUAUGUAUCCUAACGAUCAACCAAAAGCAAGCCAAAAAAAGUCAUGUGAUACGGAAAUUGCCAAUCAUGAUUUUAUGGGAAGCUCUUCUCGAAUGAUUUCAGCCGUUAAUUAUCAGCUACCUAAUGUUCUUCCUUCGUACUAUUGGUCGAAUUGCCCUCCUCGGCUGUGUUCGCAUAUGGGGAUUGAUGAAGAAAGUCACUUGAAAGAUUGUACCCUGUCAACCAAAACUGCCGAUAUUUUAGAAGGAAAUGAAGAUAAACGAAGAAAUUAUAUUACCAAUGCUACUGCUCUGAUACAGACUGAAGAUAUGUUAAAUGAACAAAAUCAUUUUCAUAAAAUAUUUUCUACCAUUGAAAUUCCAGCUCAAUUGAGACUUUGCGACGAUACAAACAACCUGAGCAUAAAUGAACAACAUGGAACACCUGAAGUCUCUGUUUCACGUUUGAUCAAUUCUACUGUGAAUAAUAAGGAACAACAUGGAACACCUGAAGUCUCUGUUCCACGUUUGAUCAAUUCUACUGUGAACAAUAAGGAACAACAUGGAACACCUGAAGUCUCUGUUUCACGUUUGAUCAAUUCUACUGUGAACAAUAAGGAACAACAUGGAACACCUGAAGUCUCUGUUUCACGUUUGAUCAAUUCUACUGUGAACAAUAAGGAACAACAUGGAACACCUGAAGUCUCUGUUUCACGUUUGAUCAAUUCUACUGUGAACAAUAAGGAACAACAUGGAACACCUGAAGUCUCUGUUCACGUUUGAUCA